AUGGAUGGCAAUAAGCACCCCCAAUUUAGUCCAUUUUUUAUUGGUCUUCUUGGGUUCAUAGCUGGAGCAAUUGUGGUUGUAAUCUACCAUUUUUUUGCUGUUAGCUGCUGCAACCAAAGGCGUGAGCCAAGUCCAUCAAAUAGGCCUCAAACCAAUCAAGAAGAUAGGCCUAGUAGCACAAGCAAUUCAUUGGCGCAAUUGAUUCCAAUCUUCAAGUACUCCCAAGAGAGUGGAGAAGAAACGUGUGCUGUGUGCUUGUCCGAGUUCAAGGAAGGCGAGGAGGUUCGGGUGUUGCCCGAAUGUCUGCAUUUGUAUCAUGUUACUUGCAUCGAUGGGUGA